CGAUCAAAAUCAGCAGAAGAAACACGUUGAAGAAUCCUCCUCCUUCUUCUUCUUCUUCUCCGACUCAGUGACGACAAUUCGUUUGACGCUCUUUUCCUCUAAACUAAUUUUAGAUCAUCUUCCACGUUUGAUCGAUCACAUUCUUCUCCACUCCUGCUUCUUUGUAGAUAUUGGUAUAGAAUUUGGCUUUUGCUGGUAUGUAGCUGCUUUCAUACUGUAUAUAUCUACACGUUUUACUGCAAAUAUGGCUUCAAGAGCGUUGCUUCGAAGGAGGAGUUACGUAGUUAAAUCUCUUAGUGAAUGUUUGCCUACGAUUCAAUGUCUUUCAAGCGUUGAGCGGCUAGGACAACAAGGAUAUGAGAACGUUAGAGGGAUUAGUUCUGAUUGGGGAUAUAAUUCUGGAAAACCUGAUUUCAAACAUGUCAAGAAUAAAGAGUCGACUGUGUCGUUGGAGGGUUUUUAUAAAAGUAGAUUACUUCAGUCUCCAAGUUUUAGUAAUGGAGUUGGAAAUUUAGAAGUCCCUUACCCUUUGGGAUAUAGAUUGGUUCGACAAUCUAUGUACUCCUCUCUAGCAACGGCCAACAAGCCUGACCAUGAUAAAAAGGAAGAAAAGGUUACCUCACAAACUAAAGAAGCUUCUCCCGAGGAGUGUGAUGAAGCUGUUGAGGGGUUAAGUUUGGCUAAAGCCAAAGCUAAAGCCAUGAAACUGGAAGAAUCCCAAAAAUCUGAUAUAUCCAUUAUGCAGCGUGUGAGGACGUUUCUUCUGGGAAUAGGUCCUGCUUUAAGAGCUAUUGCUUCGAUGAGCAGGGAAGAUUGGGCCAAGAAGCUUCGCCAUUGGAAAGAUGAAUUUAAAUCUACUCUGCAGCACUACUGGCUCGGGACAAAGUUGCUCUGGGCUGAUGUCAGGAUUAGUGUCAGGCUGCUUGUUAAACUUGCUAAUGGAAAAGGUCUCUCUAGGAGGGAACGACAGCAACUCACUCGAACAACUGCCGACAUUUUUAGAUUAGUCCCGGUUGCAGUUUUCAUUAUUGUUCCAUUCAUGGAGUUCUUGCUGCCGGUAUUUCUUAAGUUGUUCCCAAACAUGCUGCCGUCAACUUUCCAGGACAAGAUGAAAGAAGAGGAAGCACUGAAAAGAAGGCUGAAUGCAAGAAUGGAGUAUGCUAAGUUUCUCCAAGAUACUGUUAAAGAAAUGGCAAAGGAAGUCCAAACCUCGCGCAGUGGAGAGAUUAAAAAGACUGCAGAAGAUCUCGAUGGAUUUAUGAACAAGGUCAGAAGAGGAGUCGGCGUUUCGAAUGAUGAAAUUUUGGGCUUUGCGAAGCUCUUCAACGAUGAGCUUACAUUAGAUAACAUUAACAGGUCUCGAUUAGUAAAUAUGUGCAAAUACAUGGGUAUUAGCCCAUUCGGAACUGAUGCAUAUUUACGGUAUAUGCUUCGGAAAAGAUUACAGGAGAUUAAAAAAGAUGAUAAGUUGAUCAAGGCUGAAGGUUUGGAGUCUCUCACAGAAGCUGAACUGCGCCAAGCUUGCAGAUACAGAGGAAUGCUGCAAUUAGGUUCAGUUGAAGAAAUGAGAGAGCAGCUAAAUGACUGGCUGGAUUUGUCCCUCAACCAUUCAGUACCAUCAUCCCUCUUAAUUCUCUCUAGAUCAUUCUCAAUGGCUGGGAAACUCAAGCCUGAAGAGGCUGUUCAAGCUACUCUCUCCUCUCUGCCAGAUGAGGUUGUGGACACUGUUGGGGUGACAGCUCUGUCAUCGGAAGAUUCUGUAUCAGAAAGGAAGAGGAAGUUGGAGUACCUAGAAAUGCAAGAAGAAUUAAUCAAGGAGGAGGAGGAAGAAGAAGAGGAGGAAAUGGCAAAGAUGAAAGAGUCCGCUUCGAGCCAAAAAGAUGUAGCUUUGGAUGAGAUGAUGGCUUCUACAGCUAAAGAUGCUAAUGAACAGGCAAAAGCGAAAACUCUGGAGAAGCAUGAGCAGCUCUGUGAGCUUAGCCGUGCAUUGGCAGUUUUAGCUUCCGCAUCUUCUGUUAGCAUGGAGCGUGAGGAGUUCUUAAAAUUAGUUAAAAAAGAGGUUGAUCUAUACAACAGCAUGGUAGAGAAAGGUGGUACAGAUGAUGAGGAAGAGGCUAGGAAAGCUUAUUUAGCUGCUCGAGAAGAUAGUGACCGAAGUGCUCAGAAAGCUAUCGCCGAUAAAACUUCCUCUCGGUUGUUAGAUAGGGUGGAGACAAUGCUCCAGAAACUGGAAAAGGAAAUUGAUGAUGUCGAUAACAAGAUUGGCAACCGCUGGCGACUCCUGGACAGAGAUUAUGAUGGAAAGGUUAGUCCAGAUGAGGUAGCAUCGGCUGCGAUGUACUUGAAAGACACAUUGGGCAAAGAGGGAAUCCAAGAGCUUAUCCAGAAUCUUUCUAAAGAUAAAGAUGGCAAAAUACUGGUGGAAGAUUUAGUGAAGUUAGCGAGCGAGAUCGAAGAUGCUGAAGCUGACGAGACAGACGAGCCUACUACCAAGUCUUGAAAUUAUUUCUUUUCGUGUCAUCAGUUAACCUGAUUGAUAACUAGAAACGAAAAGAGAAUAAAAUACAUAUUCAGAGGAGGUUUUUUUGUUUUCGACAUUACUGGUUUCUUCAAGAAGUUUUAUACUUACCACGACGAAACAAUGUGAAAUGUAUAUCACCCAGUCGAAGAAUGACGAUAUGAUUACUACUGUUUUUGCGGUUGAAAUAAUAAAAUCGAGAAUAGAUGCGUUUAAUUUCA